AUGCAGCCUACUGGGCAGGCUGCGUCUGCGCGGCCUGGGCCCGCGGGCCGGCGCGACGCGGGCUCUCGCGCGAGGGAGGGCGGGCGGGCGGUGGCGGUUCGGGCGCAGAAGCGCGCGAAGGCGGCGCGGAGCUCGCCUCUGGUGAACGGUCGCUUUGAUGCCAGGGCGAACGGGGAGUACUGGGCGAAGCGGCCGCUCGCCGUGGCCGUGCGGGGAGCUGAGAUAGGCGCGAGGCUCGGCUGGUGGAUCUUCUGCGCGCAGCUGCAGGGAAUGCAGGACCGGAAACGCACGCGCGGCGUCCCUGGGGGCGCGGAGCUCCGAGAGGCCCUCACUGCUCUCGGCCCCAGUUUCGUCAAAAUCGGCCAAGCGCUCGCGGCGCGGCCGGACAUCCUGCCCGCGACCUACGUCAAGGAGCUCGAGAAGCUUCAGGACCGGAUUCCCGCGUUCUCCGACGACGCCGCGAUGAAGGUGAUCCACGACGAGCUCGGCGCGCCGGCCGCGGAGUACUUUUCGGGCCUAUCGACCUCCCCCGUAGCUGCGGCGUCGCUGGGGCAGGUCUACAAGGCUACAUUGAGGGGCACCGGGGAGGAGGUCGCGGUCAAGGUGCAGCGCCCGGGCGUGCUCCGCGCGAUCUGCCUCGACGCGUACAUCCUCCGCGCGGGCGCCUCCUGGUUCCGCUCCUUCCGCAAGCUCAAUUCCGACCUCCCUGCCAUCCUCGACGAAUGGUGCGCCAACCUCGUCGUCGAGCUCGACUACCGCGUCGAGGCCGCGAACGGGCGGCGGUUCCGGGACCUCUACGGGCACCAGGAGGGCGUGUACGUGCCGCACAUGUACCCCGAGCUCACCUCGCGGCGCGUGCUUGUCAUGGAGUGGGUCAACGGCACCAAGCUGCGCAGUGCCCCGGGCGAGCGAGGGCGGGCGGAGGACCUCGCGCUGGUCGAGGUCGGCGUGCAGCUCUCGCUCGAGCAGGUCGUGGACCGCGGGUUCUACCACGCGGACCCGCACGCCGGGAAUUUGCUGCGCACGGAGAGCGGCGAGCUGGCGUACCUGGAUUUCGGCAUGAUGGGGACGAUUGAGCGGCCGCUGCGGCAGGGGCUGAUCCGCGCGACGCUGCACAUGGUGAACGGGGACUUCGAGCAGCUCGGGCGCGACAUGGAGGAGCUCGGGCUGCUGCCGCCCGGGUCGGACCAAAAGGCGCUCGUGCCAGUGCUGACGCGGCUGCUCGAAGAGGCGACGAGCGACGGCGUGGUGUCGGUGUCGUUCACGGAGCUCACGGCGCGGCUCGGCGCGACGAUGUACGACUUCCAGUUCCGCAUCCCGCCGUUCUACACGCUACUGAUCCGCUCGCUCGCGGUGCUCGAGGGCAUCGCCAUCACGUCUGACCCUGAUUACAAGGUCAUCGCCGCUGCCUACCCCUGGGUCGCGCGCCGGCUCCUCACCGACACCUCGCCCGAGCUCCGCGCCACGCUCGACAAGCUCCUCUACCGCAACGGCUCCUUCCAGUUCGACCGCCUCGAGUCCCUCCUCGAGCAAGCCGUGCUCCGCCCGGGGCGCGCGGGAUUCACCGACCACGACACCCGCGUCGCCGCGCCGCGCACGUCCGCGUCCGGCGACGCGCUCCUCCUGCUCCUCUCCGACGAGGGCCGCUACGUCCGCGACAUCCUCGUCGAAGAGCUCGCGAAGGGCGUCGACGCGGCCUGGCGCGUCGUCAUCGACAGCGCAGUCGACUCCUCGAUCCGCGACCCGCUCACGCGCGCCGGGGACGCCGCGCUCGCGCUCGGCGCCGACGGCACGGGCGUGCCGCUGCUCCCGGGCCGCCGCCUCGCCGUCGCGCUGCGCGAGGCGGUGCCGUCGCUGGCGGAGGAGGACGACGUCGCGCAGCUGCGCGGGAUCCAGCGGCUGGCGACGGCGCUCGCGGAGAUCUCCGUUGCGGGCGGCGGCGGCGCGGGGAACGGGAGCGCGAGCGGCGGGAGGCUGCGGCGGUCGCUGCGGGGGCCGAUUGUGCAGGCCGCGGGGAUCUUGGAGUGGGUGAGUGUGGAGGCGGCGGCGCUGACGCCGGCGGCGCGGCAGGCGGCGCUGCGGCUGCCGAUGGAUGUGUUGCGGCGCGCGGCGUCGCGCGCGGCGGCGCGGACGGUGCGGUCGAUGCUGGCGGACCCCAUUGGGGACGCGGGGGGUGCGGGCGCUGCCGGCGGGCGGGACGAGGCGGCGCGGCGGCGGCGGGCGGCGGAGCGCGAGGCGGACGCGGCGCGGCGGCGGGCGUCGCGCGCGUCGACGGCGGCGGCGGGCGGGAAGCCCGCGCCCGCGCGGGUCGAGGUGACGGACGAGAGGGCAGCGAUCGCCAUGCGCGAGCUGUAG